UCUCCCACCACAAAUUUUCCACUUCUCCUCUCUCUCUCUAUCUAUCUUCACUCUUCACUAACUAAAACAAAUUCAACAAUGGCCAAAGAUGUUGAGGUUGUAGAGCCGGCGGCCGGAGAAUUCUCAGCAAAAGACUAUCAUGACCCUCCACCGGCUCCCUUGUUUGACGCUAAGGAGCUGGGUCAAUGGUCAUUUUACAGAGCUCUAAUUGCAGAGUUCAUAGCUACACUUCUGUUCCUGUAUAUCACAGUGUUGACUGUGAUUGGUUACAAGAGUCAGAGUGAUCCUGCUAAAAAUGCCGACGCUGCUUGCGGCGGAGUUGGUAUUCUUGGAAUUGCUUGGGCUUUUGGUGGCAUGAUCUUUAUUCUUGUUUACUGCACUGCUGGUAUUUCUGGAGGACACAUCAACCCGGCAGUGACCUUCGGGCUAUUCUUAGGACGCAAGGUAUCACUAAUCAGAGCCCUUGGAUACAUGAUAGCACAGUGUUUGGGUGCAAUCUGUGGCUGUGGAUUGGUGAAGGGUUUCCAAAAAGCUUAUUACUCUAGGUAUGGAGGUGGAGCCAAUGAGCUAGCUGAUGGAUACAGUACAGGAACUGGAUUGGGUGCUGAAAUUAUUGGUACCUUUGUUCUGGUUUACACUGUCUUCUCUGCUACUGAUCCUAAGAGAAAUGCAAGAGACUCUCAUGUUCCUGUAUUGGCUCCUCUUCCUAUUGGAUUUGCUGUGUUCAUGGUUCACCUUGCUACAAUUCCAAUCACUGGCACUGGUAUUAACCCUGCUAGGAGUUUUGGAGCUGCUGUUAUUUACAACGAAGAGAAGGCUUGGGAUGACCAGUGGAUUUUCUGGGUUGGACCAUUUAUUGGAGCUGCCAUUGCUGCAUUCUACCACCAAUUCAUUCUUAGAGCAGCAGCAAUUAAAGCCCUAGGUUCAUUCAGGAGCAAUGCUUAAGCUUUUUAUUAUUUCUCUUUGAGGAGGUGGUGAUGAUCAUGAAGAAUAACAAUGGAAUUUGAAUGCAAGUUGGUCUUUUUUUAGAGGGUUUCAUUUGUUCAAAAUUUCUCUUUUUUGCCCUAUCUAAUCUAUCAAUGGCAUUAAUGGAGAAAUUUGGAGAAUGGCCCAUUGAAUUGUAUAUAAUAAAACAUUUUCUGUAUCCCUUUGUUGCUUUUGUUAUUUAUGAGUUGUAUUUUAAGUUUGUGUCA